GUCUACCCCUGGUUCAUCUGCGCAAGCUCAGUGGGCACAAGUGAGUGACUGUCAAAGUACCCGGAAGACAAAUGAACCAAGAAGAAAAAACACCAGUAAUCUUCAAUGCGACAUGAAAUCCGGGACUGAGUACGGAAAGAAUGAGCUAUAGGUGUGUUUUAAUAUAUAAAGAUAAAGUCAGCGUGACUUUAUAUAGUUGAAAACGCCCCGAUGAGGAAACAACGAAAAAAUAGUCCAAGUCCCCAGAGGAAAGCAACAGAGCUGUACUCCAUUGAACUAAACUACAACGUCGACUUGGAAAGACUCAUUUGAAAACUAACGAUUUGAAAAAGUGGAGACAUGAGGUUAACAGGUCCCCUGCGUGCUGUGGUGGUGCUCUUGUUGGUGGGGCUCAGCUGGCUCCUAGGAAAUACCUUUUUUGGGGGAGAGAAUAGCUCCAUUCGUAGUUUCUUUGGUGGUGCAAGUGAAAGACCAACAUCUGUUGAAGCUCGUCCACGAAGGUACAAGUGUGGCCUGUCAGCCCCCUGUCCUGCAAAGCACUUGGCUUUCCGUUUGGUGUCUGGUGCUGCCAACGUGAUUGGACCCAAAAUCUGCCUGGAGGACAAAAUGUUAAUAAGCAGUGUGAAAGACAAUGUUGGAAGAGGACUUAACAUAGCAUUAGCAAAUGGUGUAACUGGAGAACUUUUGGAAACCAAAACGUUUGACAUGUGGGCAGGAGAUGUCUCAGACCUGUUAAAGUUUCUCCGACCGCUGCAUGAGGGAACACUUGUAUUUGUUGCCUCAUUUGAUGAUCCAGCUACGAAGCUGAAUGAUGAGGCUCGGAAACUGUUUGAGGAUCUUGGCAGCACAGCGGUUAAGGAGCUGGCCUUCAGAGACAGCUGGGUGUUUGUUGGCGCCAAAGGCAUUGAAAACAAGAGCCCAUUUGAGCAACGUAUGAAGAACAGUAAAAACAGCAACAAGUAUGAGGGGUGGCCAGAGUCACUGGAAAUGGAUGGCUGUAUUCCUCUUCGGCCACCACUGGAGAGUUGAGUUCAUACACUAUGUACACUACAACAGGAGUGAAGGAUUAUAGAGACAGAGAACCUGAGACUGAUUAAAUCUAACCUCUCCUGGCUGAGGUUCGAGCUGGCUUCAAAGAACGCCUUAGAACUUGAUUUAUUUAAAAUUACUGAAAUUUUUUUGAAGUACUCUAAAUGAGAUGUGGCUUUAAAGGAAACUUGAAAGACCAAAGGUUUGACCUAAUCCUUACUGUGACGCAGGACUAGAUUCAGCUGCAGGAGGACUUCCAAACCCACCUGUAUUUUUAUCUUAUGUUAGAAUAUGAAUUGUAAUUUUCUGGAAAUAUCGUCAUUCAUCAUUGCAUGCUGUCAUGUGACUGGCAACAAACUACAUCUUAUUUUUGCACCAAGACAUUGGGAAAUCAAGCACACAGCGAUAAUCUUGGACUGUCAUUAAAGCAGAGAGCUGAUUUUUAAAUUCAUGUGUUAUAUUUAUCAACUUGCCAUAAAUUAUUUAUACAUAUGCUAUUUUUUUUAGUUAAGUUUACAUGCUAGUCUUCAAUUUGGAUGUUAUUAUUGCGACAUUAUGCAUGGGGUAUUAUUAACACUGCCCAUCUCACUGGCCAACAAUAUCACUGACACAUACUAGUUAAAAGGUUUUCUCUUUCACAAUGAUUUCGUCAUUGAUCCCAGCUGCACUAUGUAUAACACAUGUUAAUACUCACUUCUAUAAAUAUAACCUCAUUAUUUACAGGUGCUUGUAGGAAAUACUUUAGUCUGGCCAGUCGAGCACAAAUCCACCACGCGUUAUUGAAGUGCAACCUAAAUAAAUUGAACCUAAAUGUGUGUUAUGUGUUUUAAUGUUUUUGAAUGUAUCCAUUGCUUCAUAGGUUGCAAGCCUUACUGUGAGUCUAAUUGUAAUGCAUAAAAAUAAUGUUGUAUAUUACCCUUUGUGUAUGAUAAAUUGUGUGACACAUUUUAUAAAUAUAUAUAAAAUAAAAAAAACACUCCAUGUUUUUACUAUGAGAAUGAUAAGUAAUAAAGUAAUAAAUAAAGCAUUCAAACAUUUCCUCAAA